UCCCUCUCUCUCCCCCUUCCGCCCUCUAUACCCCUCUCUCUCUCUCCCUCUCCCUCUCUCUCCUCCCCUUCCGCCUCUAUACCCCUCUCUCUCUCUCCCUCUCCCUCUCUCUCCCCCUUCCGCCCUCUAUACCCCUCGCUCUCUCUUUCUACAGAGGAGGAAGAAGAGGAUGAAGAAAUCACAGAGCUGAAGCCUGAUCCUGAAUCUGACCAGCAGGAGGAGGAGGACACCAAGGAGAUGAAAGAGGGCUACCCCUGCAGGGAGCUGACAGAGGAAGAGAAGCAGCAGAUCCUCAAAUCAGAGGAGUUCCUCAGUUUCUUUGACUGCAGCAUCAGAGUGAUGGAGAGAGCCCUGGCCCAGGACUCAGACAUCUUCUUUGACUACAGUGGACGAGACCUGGAUGACAAGGAGGGGGACUUACAAGGCGGUUCCAGUCUGGCCCUCAGUAGGCUAUUCUAUGACGAGCACUGGUCCAAACAUCGAGUCAUUACCUGUCUGGACUGGUCCCCUCAGUAUCCAGAGCUGUUGGUGGCGUCCUACAACAACAAUGAGGAUGCUCCUCACGAGCCUGACGGUGUAGCUCUGGUCUGGAACAUGAAGUUUAACAAGAACACACCUGAGUAUGUCUUCCACUGCCAGUCACCCGUGGUGUCAGUGGGCUUUGCUAGGUUCCAUCCUAACCUGGUGGUGGGGGGGACCUACUCUGGCCAGAUAGUCCUGUGGGACAACCGCAGCCACCGCAGAACUCCUGUACAGAGAACCCCCCUCUCAGCUGCAGCUCACACGCACCCGGUGUACUGUGUGAACGUGGUGGGAACACAGAACGCCAACAACCUGAUCACCGUGUCCACAGACGGCAGGAUGUGCUCCUGGAGUCUUGACAUGCUCUCUCAGCCACAGGAGAGCAUGGAGCUGGUGUACAACAAGUCUAAGGCUGUGGCUGUGACAGGCAUGGCGUUCCCCACUGGAGACGUCAAUAAUUAUGUGGUGGGGAGUGAGGAGGGAACCGUGUACACCGCAUCCAGACACGGCAGCAAGGCGGGGAUCUGUGAGAUGUUUGAGGGCCACCAGGGGCCAGUGACGGGCCUCAGCUGUCACAACGCUGUCGGCCCCGUAGACUUCUCCCAUCUCUUCGUCACCUCGUCUUUUGACUGGACUGUCAAACUGUGGAGCACCAAGGUAGAGGAACCUGUUUGUGUCUAA